AUGCUCUCGCUGACCCGCUCGCUGACGCGCGGCUUUGCGUCGUCUGGCGCGUCCGUCGGUCGCAUCACGCAGAUCAUCGGCGCCGUCGUCGACGUCCAGUUCACCAACAACCUGCCGCCGAUCCUCAACGCGCUCGAGGUGCAGAACACGAACGACAACGUCCGCAUCGUGCUCGAGGUCGCGCAGCACCUCGGCGAGAACACGGUGCGCACGAUCGCCAUGGAGGGCACGGACGGUCUCGUGCGUGGCCAGGAGUGCGUCGACACGGGCAACCCGAUCAUGGUGCCCGUCGGCCCCGAGACGCUCGGCCGCAUCAUGAACGUGAUUGGCGAGCCGAUUUCGGAGCUCGGUAUCUACCCGGCCGUCGAUCCGCUCGACUCGAAGUCGCGCAUGCUCGACCCGCGUGUGAUUGGUGACGAGCACUACGAGGUUGCCCGCGCGACGCAGAAGCUCCUCCAGGACUACAAGGUUCUCGGCAUGGACGAGUUGUCGGAAGACGACAAGCUCACGGUCGCGCGCGCGCGUAAGGUGCAGAAGUUCAUGUCGCAGCCGCUCCACGUCGCCGAAGUGUUUACGGGCAAGCCGGGCAAGUUUGUGGCGCUCGCGGAGACCGUCUCGUCGUUCAAGGCCAUCCUUGCCGGCGAGUACGACGACCUCCCGGAAGCCGCCUUCUACAUGGUCGGUGGCAUUGAGGAAGUCAAGGAGAAGGCCAAGGCCCUCGCCUCCGAGUUGGACGAGUAA